AAUGCCGAGAGCCCUUGGUGCGGGCUCCGUAGCGAAGGGGAUGCGUCUGGAGCUCCGCUAGCGCUGGUCCUAAAGCAGCUGGUUAAGGUCUUUGGGCUGGGCGAAAGAACUUGUGGCUUCGGGGGGAGGGAGUGAUCUUUAACAACCCUAGCCCAGCCCCCCCCCCUCCUCCCCCGCCACAAACAUGCCUCUUGGGCUCAGGAGGGACCGUAGGAGCCAGUUUAAACACAUAGUUCACGGUCUUGUCCCUGCAGCCACCAUAGCACCAAGACCGGCAGUUCCUCGAACACCCCCACCUCGUAGUCCAGAUCCUUCUCCAGAAAGACCUAAAUCUGCCCUUGCUGCAGCCAUCCUAGUGUCCACAUUAACUGGAAGGACUUUUGCUAUUCCUCAGCCUCAUCAUCGAUCACAUUCUGAAAGUGAAACAACAUACCUGGAAGGAGAUGGUGGUGUCAUUGAGCCUUACGCAACUGUAACCGAGUUCAGACCUGGACCGGACUGUCCAGAUGGGCAGGAAAAAAGGUAUUCUUUACCAGCCUUUAAAAUGUCAGGCUAUAGUGAGGAUGAAGAUGAAGAUGUUGAGACAUAUCUCUCCAACAAUUACAGUGAACAUGUUGAGCUCAGCACUCAGAAAAAAGAAAAUAAUUUUGAGGAUGCUGUUUAUGCUGUUCCACACAGAAACAACAAGGACACAGAUCCGUUGGUUUUUAGGGCUUAUACUGAAAAGGAUGGAACUGCUUCUGAACAAGGUGAAUUCCUAGAUUUGGAGGUUGGUUCAUUGCAAGUGAAAGGUAAACAUCCUCUUCAGAAUUUAAAGGAUGAAAAAGUAUCUGCUGAAAAUGUAAUUUUUGAAAAACCGCCACCAUCUCCAGAUGUAUCUAUAAGAAGACGUCGAGAACAGAUGGAAUUAAGUAAACAUAACUUUGGUGAAUUAAAACAACAAAAUUUUUGUCUAACCACUACAAAUGAGAUCCUCGCCCAUGAGCUUGAAGAAAUUAAACAAGAAAUGAAGGAAUUAUAUUCAAGACUUAAGGAAAUGGAAAAAGAUAAUGGAAGUAUAAAAGAGACUGAACAGAGUUCUCAAAGGAAAGUUGAUGUGGCUGAAUUUCUUUCUCUAAGACAACAGGCCCAGGAGCUGGUGGAUGAAAAUGAUGACUUGAAAAUGAUUGUCUACCGUUUGAAUGCAGAGCUAAGUCGAUACCAAACAAAAUUCAGGAACUUAUCCAAAGAAGAGAAUACAGAAAUCAAAGGUCUUCCAUUCAAGGGGCCUCCACCACCUUGGCUGUUGGACAGAAAGUAUUUGUCACCGUUACUCUUAGCCUAUGAAGAUAGAAUGAAAGAAAAAGAUGAUCUAAAUGUCAUGCUUGAGGAAGAAAUGAAAAUGUUCAAGAUACGAGUAGAAGAGGUGAUAAAAGAGAAUGAAACACUUCACCAAGAACUGAAUAAAAGUAGUCCUUUCACCAGUAAGGAAUGGCAUCAGCUGCAAACUCAGGCCCAGCUUGUGUUAGAAGAAAAUAAAAUAUUGAUGCAGCAGCUUGAAAUUCAGCAAGCCAAAGCCAAAGAGAAUAACCAGCAACACAAUCAAGAAGUUGCCAAACUGAUUAAACAGCAAAUGCUUCUGGAAAAUAAAAUAAAGAGCCAAGAAAAGGAACUAGCUGAGAACAAGGAGCAGUUGGACAUUUUACGCUCUAAAUGUCAAAACCUGAAAAUACAAUUGGAUAACCAAAUAGAGAUAAAAGCUCAAGAUACAAUUGUGAAUGAACUCAAAAGCCAGUUGCAGAAGGAAAAAGAGAAAUGGAAUGCUGAGACUGACAGCUUGGUAGGAAAGAUGACCGAGCUGCAAGCGCAAACCAAGAGCCUGCUUUUAGACAAAAGCAAAUUGGAAGCUGAAAACAAGGUCCUGGAAGCUGAAUUGGAAAGGGCACAGAAAUUAAAUAGGGGAAAUCAAAAGCAAAUAGAACUCCUUCAGCAACAAGUAGAAGAAGCAAUGGAGAAAGAAGAGGUAGCUCACCAGUAUCUGACAAAUUUUGUCAUUUUGGCAAAUGCUAUAGCUCAAGAACGUGAUGGUCUCAUACAGUUGGCUCAGUGCCUAGAAAAUGAAAAGCAAGGAGUCCUCUACAAAAUGAUGGAAGGGAAUGUUCGCUUUGGAAAACUAGAAGAGAAGAUGAAGGUAUGUAAAAAGAAAGUCGCUGUGAAAUUGAGAAACUUCAAUCACAUAGUGACCAAGCAAGAGGAAGACUUUGCCGGGAAGAUUGAUCAGUACCAGCGAGAGAUGAAGCACCUUCAGCAGCUGCUGCAAGAUAAGCAGGAGGCUCUGGAAGAAGUGCUACAACAGAAAAGAGAGGUAGAAGGUGAACUUGAAGUGGUUUGGGAAUCUACUGCCAAAGAAAACCAAAGAAUGAAAGAAUUCCUGCACACCACCCUCAAGAAGACACACUCGUGGAAGAAAGCCAAUGUCUAUGACUCAGGCUUAAACCAGAUCUCCAAAGAAGACUUAGUUGAAGGGUGUGCUCUUAGCUAUUGUGAGUUGAAGUCUUCUUCAGGUAUCCAGCUACCAGAAAUGCCUGCUUUACAUACCUUAUGCCAGACAGAACCCAUUGAUAGCAAAGACACCACUUCUAAAGCAGAAUUUUUUCUCCAAAGGGAAGCCAAUUUAUAUUGAAAAAGCAAGUGUACUAUUUCCUGUGCACAACAACAUUUUUCUCCUCAUGGCUAUGACACUUUUUUACUUCAUCUAAAGAGUGGAAUAAAUGGUCCAAGAAAUCUAAUUUAGUUUUUUUUAAAACUUGUUUUUAUUUUUAGAUUGUAUUAUAAAAUCCUUAUAAUACUUCUUAUCAAAUAAAAUGUACUACCCCCCAGUAAUCACAAUUCAAUUAUAGGUGUAUUUCUCAAGUAAACAACCUAAUAGAGAAAUUUGAGUCCUAAUCACCAUCAUAAAACAGUAAUAAAUCAAAGUCUGCUAUAAAAGAAUUGUGCAAUAAGCAGGAGUAAGGUCUUGUGGUUUUUGGGUUUUUUUGCUUUUUUUUUUUUGGCAGGGCAGUUGGGGUUAAGUGACUUGCCCAAUCUUGUUGUGUUUUGAUAAGUAAAUCAUGUCAAGUAAAACUUUUACCUCUGACCUAAUGAGCUGCUUCAAUGAAGUAUUGUCGUGUCGAUGCAGUACCCAUAGCAAAUGCUAUGAAUAUGCCAGCACAGUUCUGAAUCGCAAAUUAUAAUAGCCUCUCUUCAUCGAAGGCAGAACUAAAACAUUUAUUCAGACACCAGAAAGCCAAAUCCAUCACAGCAACAAAGAAAUGUAUACACAUUAGCAAUGCAGGGGGCACCACCAUCCCAGGCCUUUCCUCUGUUAGCACCUUCCCACAAAGGGCAAAAUCACACCGUCUCUCACUUACUCUAGCUGAUCUGUCUCUCUGCCUGCCUCCUCUCUCCAAGCUGCAACUCCCGUCAUCUCUCUCCCAGCUCUGACUCGCUCCACCUUCCUGCUCAACCCAUUUGGUAAGCUCCUCCCACCACAGGCUCAUGUGUCUCAGGCUUAAAGUGACCCAGGCAGGUCACAUGGGCCUCUUAAUGGAUGGGAAAGAUCUUCCUGUUUACACUACCAUUACAAGUAUGCACAAGUAUAUAUGCAUAGUAGGCUUUAGUAAUGAUCUUUUUGAGUAUUGACUUCCUGAAUUGUAAAAUUAUAAAAUUUAUACAAGAGAAGUAAGAGAUUUAUUUCUCAUGACCAAAUUGUGUUCCAUGUCAGCACAGUUUGGAAAUUUACAAAACUUUAUUAGAUAUUUGAUCAGUUUGGUUGUAUUUUCUUUUCAUUUAUGAUGUACCAUUUGCCUAUAUCACUAGAGACAUUUGCAGAAAUUUAUUUUUAAAUGUUCUGCAUUCUGGCUGUUUAGAAUUAAAAAUAUUUGGCAUGUAUACGAACCCAUACAUAACCCAGUAGAAACCCAAAGUUUAGGUAAUACCUCUUUUCCCUGGGGUCCCUUAGAGAGUGAUGGCAUUAUUUAUUAUGUUCUAAAGACGUUAUUUGAGAAUUAAAGGCAAAAAAAUGACAGUAUUUCCUAGGGCUAAAUUCUGGACCAUAUGCUUAUAUAUCGGUAUCUAUAUCACUGACCAUGUAUCAAUGCUUCAAGUACCAAUGCUUUGUUGUUAUAAGAUUUCUCUAUGUGAGAAUCCUGGACCAUGUGCCUUUCAGAAAGUUGUAGGUUCUUUUUUCCCCAAGUGCCUCAUAUGAGACAUUGAAAAUGGCCAGCAUUGAUCUCUUUGUUUUGUAUUAUUAUUUUUUUUUUUGCAGGGAGGAAGGCAGAGCAGUUGGGGUUAAGUGACUUGCCCUAGGUCACAGUGUGUCAAGUGUCUGAGGCCAAAUGUGAACUCAGGUCCUCCUGGCUCCAGGGCCGGAGCUCUGCUCACAGCACCACCCAGCUGCCCCAGCAUUGGUAUCUUUGUAAUAAACACACGCAGACACAAUCAUAAGAUAUAUGCUGAUCCUUUGAUAGACCUUUGGUCUCAUUGUUAUUUAUUUAUAGAAAAUUCCUUUUUGCUUCAGGCUUUGUUAAGCUUAUUCAGAAGUUGAAAACAAAUGAGUUUUGUAUUUUAUAAGGUACAUAAUGACUAGUAUUUGGCCCCUCUCACCAUCCUGAAUAGUCCUUGGUAAUAGCUAUAACUGGUAACAUUAUGCACUUUGUGUUGCAGCCAAAUUCUUCUCACCUCACUCAGCCUUCCAUCUCCUAUAUCUCUGCUUUUAUACAUGUCCAUCAUGACUGUGACAUAUAUAUACUCCCUCCUCAUCUCCAUCUCGAUUCUUUAACUCCCUGCAUGGCUCAGCUCAUGUCCCGCUACUUGUGCUGCCUUCCUUCUCCUCUUCAAAUGAUCAUGUAUAUUUUUGUCUGUUUUCAUGCUGUGUUCCCCAAGUAGAAUGUAAGCUUCUUGAGGGCAGGGACUGUUUUUCAUUUUGUCUUUGUAUCCUAAGGACAUAGCACAUAAGUUGGACUCUAAUAAAGGCUUAUUGGAUUGGAUUUGG